AUGGAAUUUAUACCAUUUUAAGUUAAUAUAAAUAAAAUUAAGGAUUAUUUUACUUGAAAGCUUAUUUUUAAACUAAAAUCCAUUUUUUGCAUCGUUUUCUAUAAUAAAUCACUAUACUUACAAAUAUUAAUAGUUUAGCAAAAUAUUUAAUUUAAUACAGAAUACCUCAGAAGAAACCAAAUCUUAUGCCACACGAAGCUUGCAACAUAAGCUGCUUUUAAAAGCCCAGCUAAAUCUACAAGGCAUAAACACUUGGAGUAUGAAUAUAAUCGCCGCAAGUGAAAAACUAAUGAAAGUUUACAUAGCAUGUGGAGCUACCAUCAAUAUCAUAAAUCUCACUUAUAACUAUAAGAAUGGAGCUACUUCCUCAUUUCGAAUAAACAGCCGAGAAGCUUCUAUCCAGCCUACCAUUAUUACAAGCUUAAAAAUCCUGAAAUUCAAUGAAGAAGAAGUUUUGUGUAUUUUGACUAUGGACGCUCAAGCAAUUUUAUAUUUUAUUGAAAAUCCUGACAGGACACCUCUCUAUUAUAGCAAUUUUGACCCAGCUUAUGAGGACAACUCCACAUGAAGCUGCACCUCAUCUGGCCAUAUGCUGCUUUUAGGCUCAAACUCCCACACAAUAAAUGCAAUGGACUUAGAAACAGGUGACAGUAAAAGACUAAAAAUACAUGACCACAAUAUCCCUUGUAUAGAUUUUUCCCCCUCAGGUAAAUAUUUUGCUUGUGCAAGUAUUGAUUCUACAGUCAGCAUAUCUAUGCUUAAUAAAAAAUUAAAAUGAUGCAGACCAUGUGGGGAAUGGGGCUGGGGUGUUAAAUGAGUCCCUAAAAAUUCUAUAGCAAAUUUUAAUGCUUUGCCAAGAAAUAAUGUACAGAGUUUACGUGGCCGAUAUCAGUCUCAAUUGUAUCCUACAUCUUAUAUAAAUCAUAUAAACAAUAUAACUGGGCAUUUUAAUAUGUUUAAUGCUGACGAAUAUUUCCAAGAACUCAGGAGAAGACUGUUUGGAGAGCCAGUCGAUUUGUUGACUGAUAGUGAAGAAGAAUCAGAAGAGAUGGAAGUAGAGUGCUGAGAAGAGUCACAAAAUGAAGGGGAAGAACAUCAUGAAGAAAUUGAUGACUGUUUUUUGCUUUAUAUAGCUUGGGAAGGCUUAUGAGGGCUGAUAUUAAGUUCAUGCUGUAUAAUAUAGGAGAGAAAACUAUUAAUCUGCUGAGCUAUAAGGAAGGCUAACGCCUUCCUAAGGUAUACAACAGGAGACACAGUCCAUUUAAUAGACCCUUCUAUAAAUCCUAAACAAAAUGACUCCAAUAUGCACGUCGCAGCUGUCUACAUCCCUGACCUCGACAUCCACAAUGGAAACACUCGCCUUUCUUUAUUAGAAUACAUUCCUGAAUUCUCCCUCUGUAUAAUCGCUAACCAAAGAGGCAGAGAACUAAUGUUCCUUAAGCUUGCAAAAGACACCAAAUCCCAAAACCCCGAGUCAAAUUCUCAGCCUUAUGUCUCAUUUAUCCCAGAAGCCUCCAUUAUGCUAGACCAGCCAAUCCUCGGAAUGGCAGUAGUAUCAGACAUAAAAUCCGAAAAUUCCCAAGCAAGAAUUUACUGUAUCACGGACCGCUCUCUGCUUUACACCAUCCAAAUAAACCUAAAAAAUGACUCUGGGCUUGAAAAGAUCAUUAUUUAA